AGCUGAUGUCGUCCCGCGAGUGCACCCGCGCUGUCAAUCAGUGUCGCAAUGUGUACGCAAUCGGAUCGUCGCCGUCGUGGUCUUUUUCGUUAUCUCGAUAGUAGUUUACAAUCGUGGCCAACUAUCGCCGCCUCGGCACUUGUUAUCACUUUACUCGUGGUGACACUCAGCGGUAGUGGAUUCACGGAUGCCAAGCAAACGCCGGAUUACUGUCGGGCCGGACUGUGUCCCGUGGGGACCCAACAUAUAGCCUGCAAUGGGAGCAACAGAUUUGGAAAAAGUUGCAGUCGGCCCAUGCUGGUCAAAAUGACUCCCAAGUAUGUGAACUUGAUACUGAACUACCACAACUCCAAGAGAAACCGUUUGGCUUGCGGAGCCAUGCGACGUUUUGCUUCGGCAAGCUCGAUGCAGAAGUUGCGCUGGAACGACGAACUGGCUCAUCUGGCUGAGUACAAUGCCAAAAGUUGCAACUUCGAACACGACGAAUGCCACAAUACCUUCCGAUUCCCAUACACUGGCCAAAGCAUCGGGAUGAAGUGGUUCCACGGUAUGAACCUUACGACCACCCAGGUCGUCCGCGAUCUGAUGCGAAAGUGGUACCUGGAACACAAACUAACCAAACAACGAGAUCUGGAUCAGUUCGAGGUGAACCCGCAAAGCCUUGCAAUAGGACAUUUCACCCAGAUGAUUCACGCGGACACCACGGAAAUCGGUUGCGCACUGGUGCGGUUCUACAAGCAUCACAACAAUCUGCGGUUCUUGCAUUACUAUCUGGUCUGCAAUUACUCGGAAGGCAACAUCGAGAACCGACCGGUCUACCGGAAGGGCAAACGGUGCAGCAGAUGUAAGAACGGCUGUACCAGAGGAAAGUAUCGGUGCCUCUGUCGCGAUUGGAACACUUUGUAAUGUUCUCGGGUGCGGAUAACCUUGAAACCAAACGAAACCAUCCCUUUAUCACUGUCGCCGUUGAGUACCUGUGUUCCGUAAAUAGUUGUAGAGUGCUGCUGCUGGUGCUAGUAAUAAACGAUAUAUGUACCUAGACAUAAUCCGAUAAAAUGAGGAAAAUAUAUUUGCUUUUGUAAUA